ACAGUACAUAGUGAACGGCUCCUGUGCUGCUGAGUGACGCACCAGUCAGAGCGAGCAGAGGAUGAGCAGAGCGCAUGGAUAAAAGUCGGAGACCCGCCGGCGCCACGAGAAAGAAUCCAAACGACAUUGGAGAUUUUUAAUCAGGUGGACAUAAACGGUGCUGUAAAAGCAAAGAGAUAGAAGGAAUUUGUUUUGCGUAAUUUCCGCCAUUCCAAAGACGCGCUGUGCGCACUGAAGUGGCCAUGGCGCAUUUUACGCACUGCAGGUAACCAGCCUGUUGGAGACUAAAACUCUAAACACACAAUGGAUUAAACUGUAAAUAUUACUCUAGUUACACCGGCCUGGCUGACAUGGCGGCACUUCGGAGGAAAUUUGGGGAAGACUAUCAGGUGGUGAACACCAACCGGGCAACUACUUUUUCUGCCCCGGUCAAGAAAAAACGCCAACGCUUCGUGGACAAGAACGGCCGCUGCAACGUGCAGCACGGAAACCUCGGUGGGGAGACCAGCAGGUACCUCUCCGACCUGUUCACCACUCUUGUAGACCUUAAGUGGCGCUGGAACCUGCUCAUCUUCAUCCUCACUUACACCAUCGCUUGGCUCGUCAUGGCAUCAAUGUGGUGGAUCAUUGCCUACAUCAGGGGGGAUCUAAAUCACGGCCACGAUUCCUCCUACACCCCCUGCGUGGCGAACGUAUACAACUUCCCAUCAGCGUUCCUCUUUUUCAUUGAGACCGAGGCCACCAUCGGUUACGGCUACCGCUACAUCACCGAGAAGUGUCCGGAGGGGAUCAUCCUCUUCCUGUUCCAGUCGCUGCUGGGCUCCAUAGUGGAUGCCUUCCUCAUCGGCUGCAUGUUCAUCAAAAUGUCUCAGCCCAAGAAACGCGCGGAAACGCUCAUGUUCAGUCAGGACGCUGUGAUUUCCCAAAGAGACGGCAAACUGUGCCUCAUGUUCCGAGUGGGUAAUCUGCGCAACAGCCACAUGGUGUCCGCGCAGAUCAGGUGCAAGCUCAUAAAGUCUCGUCAGACACCCGAAGGAGAAUUCCUGCCACUGGACCAGUGUGAGCUGGAUGUUGGGUUUGGGACGGGUGCAGACCAGCUUUUCCUGGUGUCCCCUCUCACAAUCUGCCAUGAAAUCAAUCCCAAGAGCCCGUUUUUUGACUUAUCACAGCGCUCUCUCAUGAACGAACAAUUUGAGAUUGUCGUUAUCCUUGAGGGCAUCGUGGAGACCACUGGUAUGACAUGCCAAGCCCGGACAUCAUACACUGAAGAUGAAGUAUUAUGGGGCCAUCGCUUCCUGCCUGUGAUGUCUCUGGAGGAAGGCUUUUUCAGAGUGGACUACUCUCAGUUUCACAGCACAUUUGAGGUACCAACACCACCAUACAGUGUCAAAGAGCAGGACGAGAAAAACUCAUUGCCUUCACCCCUGUCUACUCCCACCCCUGCUCUGACUGAGAGCCAUGGUGUCAGACAUGACCGAGUGUUUUCUGUGGAUUGCAUCAAUACUUCAGAGGAGAGGGGCCGUCAGGGAGGAGCUGGCAGUCGAUUGCCGAGCAAGCUGCAGAGAAUGAGCUCAUCAGGUAAGGAGGACCUGCAGAGAAAGGUGCUUCUGCUCAGCUCCCAACAUACAGAGAAGGCGUGCAGCACUGGUGACCUCCCUAUGAAGCUGCAGAGGCUGAGUUCCUCACCCAGUCCCGGAGCACAAAAUCGGCUGCAGCUCAAGUCACUCAAGGUGGGAUUUGAACCCAUGACACAAUCAACAGGAGACCUGUACCAGCGCAGCCCACCGACUACACUGUCACCCAGUCCAAUGCCCAUUCACAGCCCUCUUCUCUCAGCUGGAGGCAGGCUAGAGGACAAUCUGCCACCAAAGCUGCGGAAAAUGAAUGCUGACCGUUGAAAACUGGAUAAACACAAUCGCAGCAAACAUGAGAAGGUUUUUAUGAUGGAAUCGCUUUAAAAAGCAGUUCAAAUGGGAAAACUAAGGACUUGCUGGUAAUCCAUGGAUUUCAUCUUUCAAGAAAGAACAUUAACUGGAAUUGCUGUGAAUUUUAUGUUUCAUAACAAAGGAGUAGAUGCAGACUGUAGAUGCAUAUUACUGGAUCAUUUUGAGAAAAGUUGUGCAUGUCUACAAUAAAUCAGUUGUUUUAUUUAUGCACCACUAUAAUUAAUAGUCAAUCUUAGUUCUAAUCAAAUAUGAAUGAUAUUAAAAUGAAAAAAAUAAA